AUGCUUCGCAAUAAUCGGCGUUCAUCACUUGUUGGCUCACAACAUUCCAUACCAUCCAGGCGAUCAUCGUGUAAUUUAAAGGAUGGUGAACGAAUUCAAAUUGCUGAAGCACAGAAAAAACGAAAUUUUUCACCACAAUUAUUAAUAUCGAUACUUUGUGGUGGACCAUUUCUUCUUUAUUUGCACAUUUAUGCGAUAACUAAUUGUGAUGCAUCAUUUCUUCAGUUUCUUCAAAUGUUAUGGUCAGAAAAUGGUGUACUUUAUCAAAUUUUUCCAUCACCAUUUUCAUCGGUGCCUUGGAAAAUUCUUGUUUUUAUUACUCUUUUACAACUUAUCUUUCAUCUUGUUUUACCCAAAGAUUUUGUUACAGUUGUCAAUAGCAUGGGAGAACGAGAAUGUCAUCCGGUAAAUUCGUUUCAUUCAUGUCUUCUAAUUGUGCUAUUAUUCAUCUUUGGCUCAUCGCUAGGCUUUUAUAAAGCUUCAAUCAUUUAUAUAAAUUGGACUCAAACUUUAUCAUUGUUAAAUUUAAUAUCCAUAAUUAUGGUUCUGUUUUUAUAUAUGCGACAACGAAAUGAUGAUUUUACUACUUCUAAUAUUAUCAAUGGUUUGUUUUUUGGCACUGAUUUAACACCAAUGAUUUAUUCAAUUGAUCUCAAACACUUUAUCACAUAUAGAAUUUCUCGAACUUUAUGGCCAUUAUAUAUCAUUUCAUCCAUUUACUACAAUUAUUCAUUUUAUGGACGAAUCAAUAAUAAUUUACUCUCGUGCGCAAUUUUGCAGCUUAUUUAUAUUGGUAAAACACAUUGGUAUGAGCAUUUACAAUACACUCAACUGGAUGCUCAAAAUAAGAAAGCAGGAUUUUUUUACAUUUGGCGAACACUUGUGCUUUAUCCAGCAUUCUAUGCGACACCAAUAACAGUGCUUGCACAGGGAAAGAUUAUAUUACCUUUACCAGUUAGUGUGACAGUAUUUUUUAUUGGUGUCAUCUCGAUGUAUAUUACGGUUGACAGUGACUGGCAACGUACACAAUUUAGACUUGCUAAUGGAAAUAUGAAAAUAUGGGGUGAAGAUCCAUUUUUUAUUACUGCCAAAUAUCGACGUAACAAUGGUGAAAUUGCUUCAAAUUUACUUUUAGGAAGUGGUUGGUGGGGAUUAUGUCGACAUCCAAAUUAUUUCUGUGAAUGGCUUACAUUUGCAUGUUGGACAAUUUUACAAGGGACAAAUGCAUUCUUUACCUGUUUUCCACUUUUAUUUCUAACAUGUCAUUUGUAUUUACGAUUAAAACAUGAUGAAUUGAGAUGUCUGGCAAAAUAUGGACCAUAUUGGUUGCAGUAUCGAAAUCGAGUGAAAUGUCUGCUUAUUCCUUCACUAUUUUAA